GUCAAAGCGAAGAAAACAAUGGAAUGCCAACAAUCCAAUCCAAAGCAAAAGUUGAAACGUCAGCUAGUAACACCGGUAUCUUAAAGGAUUAUAACAGGAACUUAAAACAACGUAAAAUCUGAUAUUGAUUUAAAUGAAUUACCCUGAAUAUUUCAGACAAGUUAAUCGCCAUUCCUCAAAUCCCAGCUCAAUAAAUACUGUUUUCAUAAGAACAGUAACCAGAAAUGGUCACUGCAAAGUUCAAUUUCGGUAGAAGAGCUCGUAUAUUGAGACUUAUAGCAGUCAUAUUGAUCCUUGUACCAAUUUUCUAUCUGUUAUCCAAUUAUAAACAUGAGAAAGUUUUUAAGUCGUAUUUGAAAUCAUCUCGUAAACAAGUACCAAGAUUAGUUGAUGGUUUUGGCAAUUAUGAACCUAAAACAAUUGAAGACAAAGAAGGCCCUGGUGAGAAGGGCCAUCCACAUUACUUGAAACAGGAGCAGCAAAAUGCUGCUGAUCAAUCUGAAUCAGAAUAUGGUAUGAACAUAGCAUGUUCAGAUGAAAUAUCUUUAGAUAGAACCAUAAGAGAUACACGCUUAGAAGAAUGUAAGCACUGGGAUUAUCCUGAUGAUUUGCCAAGUACAAGUGUAAUUAUUGUUUUCCAUAACGAAGGCUGGUCAGUAUUAUUAAGAACAGUCCAUUCAGUAAUGAAUAGAACCCCUAAACAUAUCUUGAAGGAAAUCUUGUUAGUGGAUGACUUUAGCGAUAAGGAAAAUUUGAAAGAUCAAUUAGAAUCUUACUUAGAACAGUUUAAUGGUGUUGUAAAAUUGAUACGUAAUACUGAAAGACAAGGGCUGAUUAGGACCAGAUCCAGGGGUGCUAAAGAAGCAACUGGUGAAGUCAUUGUCUUUUUAGAUGCUCACUGUGAAGUGAACACAAAUUGGUUGCCUCCUCUCUUAGCUCCAAUUUAUAGAGAUCGUACAGUUCUGACAGUUCCUAUAAUAGAUGGAAUUAACCACAAAAACUUCGAAUAUAAACCGGUUUAUGGUGAAGAUCGGCAUUUUAGAGGAAUCUUUGAAUGGGGCAUGCUAUAUAAAGAGAACGAAGUACCUGAUCGUGAAUUAAAUAAGAGAAAACAUAAUAGUGAACCGUAUAAAAGUCCUACUCAUGCUGGAGGUCUGUUUGCCAUAAAUCGUGAAUACUUCUUAGAACUUGGAGCAUACGAUUCAGGUCUUUUGGUGUGGGGUGGUGAAAAUUUCGAGCUGAGUUUCAAAAUAUGGCAAUGUGGUGGAAGUAUUGAGUGGGUGCCUUGUUCAAGAGUUGGUCAUGUUUAUAGAAGUUUCAUGCCAUAUAAUUUUGGAAAAUUGGCGCAAAAGAAAAAGGGACCUCUUAUAACUAUAAACUAUAAGAGGGUAAUUGAAACUUGGUUUGAUGAGAAAUAUAAGGAAUUUUUCUAUACUAGAGAGCCCAUGGCACGGUUCUUAGAUAUGGGUGAUAUAUCUUCCCAAUUGGAGCUGAAGGAUCGUCUCAAAUGCAAAAGCUUCAAGUGGUUCAUGGAGGAAGUGGCUUACGAUGUUCUGGAGAAAUUUCCCGAGUUACCCCCUAAUCUUCACUUUGGUGAACUCAGAUCUGUUGCCGUUAGUAAAUGUAUUGAUACUUUGGGGCAUGGUCCUCCGGCUUUGAUGGCUAUUCAGCACUGCCAUGGGUUUGGAAAUAAUCAACUAAUGAGGCUGAAUUCAAAGGGACAGCUAGGUGUUGGUGAGAGGUGCAUCGAAGCAGACGGACAAGGCAUAAAACUUGUUUUCUGCAGAACUGGAACAGUGGAUGGCCCCUGGCUGUAUGAUGAAAACACCCAUACUCUUUUGCACAGGGUUCACAGAAAAUGCAUGGCCUUACAUCCCCAAACUUCUCAUCUUUCCCUUAUGCCAUGUGAUAUAAAUAAUGCGUACCAACAGUGGUUGUUCAAAGAAAUUCGUCCCAAGUGGUGAAGUGAAGGUGAUACGCCAUAAUGAGGUUUAUAUGUUAUUCAGUGAUCUUCAAAUUAUUUAUUUUCAGACAGAACUCGUUUUUUUUUAUAUCUUAUCAUAGUCUAUCAUCACUACUUAGUCAGAUUUGAAUCAAAUUCAGAGAAUGAAUUUGGUUCAACCAGACAAACAAAAUUAUGCUUAUAGAAAGAUUUAUGAUUUCUCCCAUUAUUUUCAAACUUGAAAAGUUUUUUUUAAGCUGAAAAACCUUCUGAUUGUUUUUAAUUUAGAUAUAAUAAAUUCAUAUGGAAUGUUCUUAUGUUAAUUCUAGAAAGACGAUUUUUUAUACAUCGAUAGUUGUAAAUGAUUAUUGUGAAAUACAGUAUAGAUUGUUGAACUUGUUUCAUUGUACUUAAAAUAGUAUUAAAUAAUAUUUUAUA